UCCCUUUUUCUUUUCUUCUUAGGAAGCGGUAAUGACAAGUGAAAACUCAAAACAAAGUGAAACAUUAAUGAAAUUGAACUUGAGGAGUGAAAGCCAUGAAUGUGUUGAGGCAGAUGCACAAUGUCCUUCAAAUAUUCAGACUCCAAAAAGAGAGAAUGAGAAUCAACCAGCUGAAGGCAGUUCAAAACCUCACCAAAGUGAAAAUGUUAAUUCUUUAAAAGCAAACGAAGAAGAAUUAAGGAAGGAAAUUUGUACCCUCUCUUCCCUACUGAAGAAGAGUGCAAAAUCUUGCCUGGAACUUAAAAAAGAGAACUACAACUUGCUGGUGAGUUCCCCUUUCUUAUUUUAUGAGUUUAUACACUGUUUGACUAAUUUUUCUUUGCAAGGUAAUUAUGCACAAACUUUUAUAAUAAACACUUAUUGUCAGAACUACCAGUGUUUUAUGAAGUAAUUUUAUGGGAGAUACUAAUACAA